ACCGACCUGCAGGGCUCUCCCUCGGACAGCCGCCUCCCGCACCCCUCGUUUAGGACCCUGCGGACACCGCGUCCUGCGUCCACGCCCUCUCCUCAAGCCUCCCCACCCUUAAAAAGAAGGAACGUCCGAGACCCCACGUCCCAGGGCCAGAGGACCCGUCCCACGGCAGCCAGUGGAGACACCCCUGACCGGAGAGACUGACAUCCGCACAGAUCCCGCCUCUCUGCCUCCACCUCUCCGGAGACCCACUCUCUGCUCCGCCGCCCCGCCAAGUGCUGGGGGCCCCCGCUGCCUGUCGCGCUCCUGCGGGGGGACCCUCGGCUACGCAGCCAGCUGGCGCCCGCGUAGAUGGCGAGGAGCCCCCAAGGCCUCCUGAUGCUGCUGCUGCUGCACUACUUGAUGGUCGCCCUGGACUAUCAUAAGGCAAAUGGAUUUUCAGCAUCAAAAGACCACCAUCAAGAAGUUACAGUAAUCGAAUACCAAGAGGCUAUUUUAGCUUGUAAAACUCCAAAGAAGACCACUUCUUCCAGAUUAGAGUGGAAGAAACUGGGACAGGGUGUCUCCUUAGUCUACUAUCAACAGGCUCUCCAAGGUGACUUUAAGGAUCGUGCUGAGAUGAUAGAUUUCAACAUACGGAUCAAAAAUGUUACAAGAAGUGAUGCUGGAAAGUAUCGCUGUGAAGUCAGUGCUCCAUCUGAGCAAGGGCAGAACCUGCAGGAAGAUACAGUUACUCUACAAGUACUGGUGGCUCCUGCAGUUCCAUCAUGUGAAGUACCCACUUCUGUGAUGAGCGGAAGUGUUGUAGAGCUACGAUGUCAAGAUAAAGAAGGAAACCCAGCUCCUGAGUACAUAUGGUUUAAAGAUGGCACAAGUUUGCUAGAGAAUUCAAAACGUGGCAUACACAACAAUAGCUCCUAUACAAUGAAUACAAAAUCUGGAAUUCUGCAAUUUAACAUGAUUUCCAAGAUGGACAGUGGAGAAUAUUACUGUGAAGCCCGCAAUUCUGUCGGAUAUCGCAGGUGUCCUGGGAAACGAAUGCAAGUAGAUGUCCUCAACAUAAAUGGCAUCAUAGCAGCUGUAGUAGUUGUGGCCUUCGUGAUUUCUGUAUGUGGCCUUAGUAUAUGCUAUGCUCAGAGAAAAGGCUACUUUUCAAAAGAAACUUCUUUCCAGAAAGGUAGUCCUGCAUCUAAAGCCACUACAGUGAGUGAAAAUGAUUUCAAGCACACAAAAUCCUUCAUAAUUUAAAAGAAUUCCACUUUUGAGAUGCACCAAAACCACAGUUGUCACACAAGUUAUUAAAAUAUUAUAAAUGUCUGCUUUGUCUUACAAAGAGAUGGAUAAGGAAAUGAAAGUGGUAAUUCCUCAUAAUUUUUAUGACCUCUAACUCACAUGAAAUUGGUAUUUUAAGCAAAAUGUUCUUGCCACCACCUCAAAUACAAUCUGGCAUCUUGUGUCUGAACUACAGAGAAAUGAAAUAUCUGGUAACACUCUGAGUUUUGUGACAUGCACAUCAGUAUCUUCAGUUUUAGAACUUAAUGUAUCACAUUGAAUGUGAAGCUAAUCCAAGAGGCAGGAACACACUGCAUGUGUUCUCCAUGCAAGAAUGGCUCCUGUGUUCAGAAAACACUGGAAAGAACAGAAACUCUGCUCUCAGAAUUCCUACCAGAAUCCUCCCUACCUCUGUGUAAUCCUUAUCCCGUGGCUCUUUGUCUCCAAUCUAUCUGUAAGGGAAGCCCAGGGCUGGGUCUUAGGCCCAGGGAUUUGCACUUUCUGUUUACUUUCCUGUCUCAGAACCAAAAGCAACAGGAGUGGAGCUGCUAGCUGCUAUUGCCAUUUUCUGAGGCUCCUCUGGAGAGGCUCAGUGACCUGGACACCAGAACUCACAACGAAAACCGACAAAACUUCACAGACACUUUCCUGUGCACGAAUGGUUGUCUCUAACAACAAAACUGAGCUGGGCUAGUCCCUCAGUGCUGCACGUAAAAGGCUGCCAGUCUGCCUAUGACUAACAGGGACAUGGCAAGGGAAGCAUUUGCUCCAUACUUAAAAUGUGAAUGAACAAGCUCGUUUUGACUCCUGGCAUCUACAACCCGCUUGAUACAGCAAAGACACAUGAGAAACCAUGGCUGAAAUGAGACCUGGGUCUGUUUCUGAACUGAUUAACCGCAAAGGCCACCAGCUAGUUAGUGUCAGAAUAUUAAAUUCCCAGGGCUCAACAGUAAAAGCAGUCCUGUUUGGACUGGUUUACUCAUAUUAAAAACAAAAUGCAACUGGGAUGUCUAGUUCUGGGUAAAUAAACAUGAAAACAUCAUUUACUGCCUUUGUCAGCUUUGAAUAUGGACAAGUUGGCUUAAAAUUUUUUGUUUGUUUGUUUUUCCUACCCAAAAGACAAAGCAGAUUCUCAGGAUUCACUGAAUAAAUGGAGUAGGUGGUCACUGAGUGCUUGGCAGUGACCUGGUCAUGGGGGAAAUGCCCACUGCCAUACUGUGGCCUUGAACCCUUCUAGUAGACUCCUUACAGGUCUGACUCCUGUAAAAUGGCUCAACCCUCAAGGUCAGAUUCACUUAAUGGAGCCAACAAACUCUACAAAGAAGACAGAACACAUUUCAACCUACAUGGUUCCUGAUGAAACCACUCAACUCACACAGUGUAGCCUACAAGCAAGUAAGGUAUGCCUCUGUUCCAAGAGAUAGGGUCACAAAAUCAGCAACAGAGAUGCGAUUUGCCCAGAUACAAGCUCCUCACUCCUCAUAGCAAAUGACAGAGAAUCACCUGUGGUGUAUACGAAAUCAGGGUGAAUGUUCCCUAUGCCACGACUGUCAGAUGUGUCUUGGUAGGAGGAAUGCUGUCCUCAUGCAGUGCCAAGUAGAUACAGAACUCUCAAGGAUGCCUCUUCAGGCCCACACACAACACAAGACUAACUGCUUCAAUUUAAGUGACACAAAUCCACAUUGUGAGAGGACAAUUAUGUAGUGCCUUAACUUCACUGAUGAAAAGCUUCCUUUUGAGAUUUAUUUUAUGCAGUGUAAAAACCUAACAAAGUCUGUUGCCAAAUACCUAUUCUGCAUUCUUAACUGAACCACUGCCUACAGCUAAGCAGAAACCAUUGUCUGAAGAAGGCUUUCCUCCACACCAAGGACGUGACUGUGCACAUUAAUUCUCUAGUGUACCUAUGGCUCACUGCCAUUUGGACUUGUCCAUCUGUUUUAUGAGACUUGAACUCUAACACUGUGUCAAAUUGUAGUGUGUAGAGCAUUUUGAUUUUAUUUUUCCACAGUGAAACUGUGGUGGGGUUCUAGAAACUAUAGCCAGUUUUGUUUUAGUAUGCUGCUGGUGUAACUAGAUUCAGCUUAUUUCUAGUUGGGAUGAGGGUUAACUUAACGAAGUCUGGAUGUUUAUUUUUCAGUACUUUACAAAGAAUUUCCUUCACUGUACAGCUCACUUUGUUUGAUUAAAGUUCACAUUACAAAAAUAGCUACAUACAGCUAAACUUUUUAGCCCCAUUCAACAGAGCAGAGGAAGUCAGUUACCUAUUGUUCAGUAAAACCCAGGAAACUCCUCCCUCUUAGCACCUGCAGCUGUAAGGCAGCUCUUUCAGUUUAAGAUGAAAAUCUCUUACCUCUCAGCUUGGAUACCUGCCAACGUCUAAAUUCAGAGAACAAAAGGGUAGACUCCUUAUUGGAUGCUUUACAUACAUCAGAGGUUGGGGAUAGGGAAGUGCAAAAUCUCAUUCCUCUUCUAAGAGGAGCCUGUGCUUUUACAGUUGGUGGUUUUUUGGGUUUGCAGUGCCAUUAAUGGAGGAGGUGGGGUCUUUAUACACGUCCAACUGAUCCACAGUUCACACUUUUUCUGCAUUUAAAAUUUUCCAGUUCCUAUACUUUCUCUUCAUCCUCAGUAACCUCUGGCUCACCCACCCACCCUGGCUGGAAAACCUCUUUGUCCUCUAUUCUCUACCAUUCUGUUAUGGUGGGACACAGCAUCUCCAUCCACUCUCAUUUCCCUAUCUCUGAAUUGGUAUUUUAAAACUUAUCUUACAAAGUAUGUAAUUCCAAGCACACUUCAUUUUGACUAUCAACCCCCAUCCCCCUUUCCUGCUACCCUAAAACCCUCAGUCGUCUCCCUUCCAUUCUAUCUUCCUCAUACCCCUCUUAAGCCUCUAUCUCAUGGUCCUCUUCUACUUCCCUGGACUGAAGGCGUUUGUGUUUCUGAGCAUAAUCCUUUGCAGUUUCAUUCAUUUUCUGGCAAUUUCAUAGCUGAAUAAAAUUAUCUGUUUUUAAGUGCUAAAGUUAGCCAUCAACAAUGUUAUAUGUAAAUUCUAGCUGCAGAACCACCCCAUCCCUAAAUUUCUCCAUCUUUAAUCUCCUAAUGAUGCCAUAAAAACCUGGCAUCUCAGACUAUCGUUAUCCUCACCUUUUCUUUCUGGGGCCAUAAGAACCUUUUAGUCACUCAAUCUCCCCUAUUCUGGUGCAUCCUUUCCUAACCCCAUUUCACAGUUUGCCUAAGGACUUUCAUGCCCAAUGACACUCCCCUCUCUUCUCCACUGACUAAACACUUUCACUCUUUACUUAUUAAGCUUAUAGUCCACAGCUGGGAACUAAAAUGCUUCUCCUCCUCCUCCUUUAUGCAGACGCUUUCAUAACCCACCUAGUGAGCAACAACCCACUUUCUUGGCUGCGUUGUCACUCACCAAUCAAAAUGAACUGUGCAUCUUCACAACUUACUCCACCUUUUGAAUACAUUUGUAACACUUCCCUUGGAAGGCUGGUCCUCAUCACAAGCCAUGGAAAUUAUCUACUCCCAACAGACAGGUCAAAUUAAGCUGCUCUAGCACAGCCCUCUCUCAUUUCCCAAUUGCAAAUUUCUUCUCUGAAUUCUGAAGGCAUUUGAUUUUUUUGCGAUUAUUUAUUGGUUUAUGUUAUAGUGUAGGUAGGUAUGCACAUGUCUGACACCUCUACCAACUGGAAACCCUGAGAAAAAAACUCAUUUGUAUAGGUCUUCAUAAACCCCAAGGUAUUUAAUAGUGAACAUGAAGAUAGUUCCUAAAAAUUCUGAAUAUCUGUGAGGCACAAAGAAUGAUUAAUUGUGAGCAUCUACUUAGAAUAUUAAUAAAACAUUAUA